GGUCAGGACCUGAGGGACGUGAGGACGAAUGGGGAAGUAAGACUGCUUCCAGCCAGAAAGACAGGCCUCCCUCCUGUAUAGACUCUCAGAAAGUGCUUCGGGUCUCUCUGCCUCCAGAACCACUGUUGGAGGAGGGCCUCCGCUAGGCCAGGGUUUGAGGCGGGGUGUUGCCGUCCUGGAUCCAGUGCCCUGGGGACACGCGCUGCGGGAUGGUACCCCGGCCUGGCUCUUUUCCGCCCUCAGGGUUUCUUCAAGCUUUUGUCCCUCAGCCCCAGGGGAGCUGGGGCGACCCUGGCCCAGGCGCCCUCUCCCUGGUGGGGGUCCACGAGCACCCUCCCCAGCCUGCUACCCUACCCGCAGGGGCAUCGGCCCUUGUCCCCGCCCCUGGCGUGGGCCCGCCCUCGCGCCCGUGUCGCCACGGGCCGGGGGGCGGAGAGCAGCCGGGCGGGACAUCCGGCCCUGGUCCCUUGCCGCGCCCGCCCGCCGCCCGCUCCGGCGCCGCAGCCCGGGAGCCGGCACCCCGGUGCGCCGGGGCCGCCCAUAACCCCUCCUCUUCCCCGGCCCUCGGGUCUCUGAGGCCCAAACCUUCUUCCUACCCCUAACUCCAGCUCAUCUCCCUGGCAGCGCUCGGGUUGGCCCGGCCUUCGCAGGCCCCCUACGCCGGGAGCACCAUGUUCCCCCGCCCGCUGACCCCGCUGGCGGCCCCAAAUGGCGCCGAGCCCCUGGGCCGGGCGCUGAGGAGGGCCCCCUUGGGCAGAGGCCGGGCCGGGUUGGGGGGACCGCCCCUGCUACUGCCGUCCAUGCUGAUGUUCGGCGUGAUCGUGGCCUCCAGCGGGCUGCUGCUUAUGAUCGAGCGGGGUAUCUUGGCGGAGAUGAAACCCCUUCCCCUGCACCCUCCCAGCCGCGAGGGCGCGGCCUGGCGCGAGACAGCCCCCAAGCCUGGGGGACUGUCCCUGGAUUCUGGGGACUCGGACUUGCAAGUGCGGCAGGAUGUCCGGAAUCGGACCUUGCGGGCGGUGUGUGGACAGCCUGGCAUGCCCCAGGACCCCUGGGACUUGCCGGUGGGGCAGCGGCGCACCCUGCUGCGUCACAUUCUCGUAAGUGACCGCUACCGUUUCCUUUACUGCUAUGUCCCUAAAGUGGCCUGCUCUAACUGGAAGCGGGUGCUGAAGGUGCUGGCAGGCGUCCUGGACAGCGUGGACGUCCGCCUCAAGAUGGACCACCACAAUGACCUGGUGUUCCUGGCAGAUCUGCGACCUGAGGAGAUUCGAUACCGUCUGCAGCACUACUUCAAGUUCCUAUUUGUGCGGGACCCCUUGGAACGCCUCCUAUCUGCCUACCGCAACAAGUUUGGCGAGAUCCGAGAGUACCAGCAACGGUAUGGGGCCGAGAUCGUGAGGCGGUACAGGGCUGGAGCUGGACCCAGCCCUGCAGGCGAUGAUGUCACCUUCCCCGAAUUCCUGAGAUACCUGGUGGAUGAGGAUCCUGAGCGCAUGAAUGAGCAUUGGAUGCCUGUGUACCACCUGUGCCAACCUUGUGCAGUGCAUUACGACUUUGUGGGCUCUUAUGAGAGGCUGGAGGCGGAUGCCAACCAGGUGCUGGAGUGGGUGCGGGCACCACCCCAUGUCCGGUUCCCAGCUCGCCAGGCCUGGUACCGGCCUGCCAGCCCUGAAAGCCUGCACUACCACCUGUGCAGUGCCCCACGGGCCCUGCUGCAAGAUGUGCUGCCUAAGUAUAUCUUGGAUUUCUCUCUCUUUGCCUAUCCACUGCCUAAUGUCACCAGGGAAGCCUGUCGCCAGUGACAUUGGGUACAGGGCCAGCAGCUUUUGAGGGCUGAUAUUAAUUCCAGCUUCUUGUGCUUCUGCUUGCCUUUCCGAAAAACAUUGUUUCUGGGUCUUGGGACUUCUCUAGAUGCCUGGAUGGCAGGGGCUGCUCUCAGGAGUUCUUUGCCCAGAGUGGGUGCCUAAGAAGUGACAUAGUGACUAUAAGUUCUAUAGUGACUAAGAAGGCAGAUUUAAACAGGAAGCCUCCUUCUUCCCAUUGGGGGAUCUCUUGGAGGCCAAUAUGAUCCUUACUUUGGCAGGGCCAGACACCAAUUUGCUCAUGAAGAAAUACACCUGAACCAAAUAGUGACUCCAGGCCUCUGGCUAUAGGAAUUGUACAGUUCCUGGUCCACCUUAAUUUUACCUGUGGUGGGAUAUGACAUUAGCCAGGAGCAUGAUCAGAGUCAGGGUCUCUGUGACUCUGACCCCCACACUGGUCCACCUCAUGUGCCUCAAGACUGAAGUGAGCAGUUGUGCCUUAUAAAUGACUUCUGUGCCUUUUUGCUCCAAACCCAGAAGUUCCUACACCUGCCAGAUUCUUUUCAUUUUUCUAAGGAAAGGCAAACUGAAGCAGACCUUUGCUAGUAGCUCCAGGACCAGGCCCUGGAGGCAUCCAAAGACCCCUGUGCCUAGCCUCUUCCAAGGGUCCUGGGAACCUCCUCUGUAAUCCUCCCCUCCCUGCAAGGCCUUUGGUUUGUGACUGGCUGACAUAUCUGGCUGCCACGUUUCUGAUGAAUUUAUUUAAAAUUUGUACUUUUAUAGAAUUUUUGUAAGCCUCCCCCCACCCCUCAAUAGCUGAAUUUUAAUAAAACUGUUUUGUA